GAGCCUGAAGAGCGUAAAACUUUAUUUCUAACGUCAUUCAAGAGGAUAGAAACUUGGUUAAAACAUAGACGUCUCAUUCUGAGCCUGCCAAGAAGAAGGCUGGCAGAUUCCAAGUUUGUUUGCAAACGAAAACCAACGUCCGGUUUCGGGAGUUGGUUGUUGCUGCUGACUUUGUGAGGCUAGUUUUUACCUGGCUACCAGAGCUAGCAAGCUGAGAGCCAGGACUAGCUAGCGAGUUGCCAUACCUAUAUUUGAAACCUAACGGUUGACAGACUGAGUAGUCAUUAAAUUACCGAGGAUUCUUGUCAGUCCAUCCAUUUCAUUUAUAAAGGGUUUUCGCUUUGGAAUAAGCCAGAGAAACGGCACUGGCCCGACAGGUUAAACGUUAGCUGAGCAAGCCAAUAACGUCGUUCCUUUCGCCCUUCUGGACAGUUCAAGCAAGUUUAGCUAGCUGCAGUUUGGUUGACUGGCUGGCUAGCAAACUUAAAAGGAUUUCAUAUUUCAUGCCACAAUGGAAAGUUUAACACUGAGUGAUGUUGAGCAGAAAUAUUACUCUGAUCUGUUUGUCUACUGCGACACGGACAACACGAAGAAAGUGGCUUCCAGUGGCAAAGUUCUUGACCUUUUCCGGGCGGCCCAACUGCCCAACGAGGUGGUCCUGCAGAUUACCGAACUAUGUGGUGCCACCCGGCUUGGUCACUUUGGUAGGAGUCAGUUCUACAUUGCAUUGAAACUCAUUGCCAUAGCCCAGUCUGGCUUGCCCCUACGAGUGGAGAGCCUCAACAGUGUCAAAGACUUGCCUUUGCCACGCUUUGUGGUGAGUAAAAGCGAGCAGGAGGCCAGGCAUGCCAACGUGUACUCAGACACAGAAAACCAGGGCCCUUAUGUGGGAGUCAUCCCCAGACCCCCAGGACGAGUGCAGCCGAAAAAAGUGUCUGCCCAUGAGGUGAUCCAGCCCUGUAUGCCCACCAGUGAAUCACAGCCUGACACCACAUCCCCAGUGGUCUCCCCUCACCAGUCACCCCCAACCUCCCCCCACACCUGGAGGAAGCACAAACGCCAGGCCAGUGGGGGGAACGUGGACAGACAGCCUGCUGUUGCGGGCGCUGUUUGGACGCCUUUCAGAGAAGCACAAUCAGGGGCGGUGACAGGUGAUGGGAUGUGGUCUGCCCACUCCCCUCCCCCACCUGUUCAGGAGAGUUGGGUCAGUUUUACAGACACACCUCCCUCCAGUACGCUUCCAACAGUGCAUCCCUCAUCUGCACAGCAGCAGGAGAGCACAACAGUACGAACUUUGGCAUCUGCGGCAACCACAAAUGAAAUCCAAAGACAGUCUAGCGCCUAUGAUGACCCUUGGAAAAUCACAGACGAGCAGAGACAGUAUUAUAUUAACCAGUUCAAAACCAUUCAACCGGACCUGACCGGUCUCAUCGCUGGAUCUGCUGCCAAGGAGUUUUUUACAAAGUCCAAGCUGCCUAUUUUAGAAUUGUCUCACAUUUGGGAACUGUCAGAUUUUGAUAAGGAUGGCGCUCUGACUCUGGAUGAGUUCUGCGCUGCAUUUCAUUUGGUCGUCGCACGAAAGAAUGGUUAUGAUCUUCCCGAGAAGCUUCCAGAAAGUCUAAUGCCAAAGCUCAUCGACCUGGACGACUCAUCAGGCGGUCCAGAGCCUGCCCCUGAGGUGGGCUACUCUACGUCCCCAGUGGAGGUGACGCCCAACAAAUCCCCGUCUAUGCCCUCUCUUAACCAGACCUGGCCCGAACUGAACCAGAGCAACGAGCAGUGGGAGACAUUUAGUGAGCGCUCAUCAAGCUCCCAAACUCUGACCCAAUUUGAUUCUAACAUUGCUCCAGCUGAUCCUGACACGGCCAUUGUGCACCCUGUACCCAUCCGAAUGACACCCAGUAAAAUCCACAUGCAGGAGAUGGAGCUGAAGAGAACUGCAAGUGACCAUACACACCCAACUAGUCCUCUAAUGGCCAAACCACCUGACCUAUCGGAGGAGGGUAAACUAGCAACAUCUAUCAAAUUUCCCACAAACACUGUAGGUGAUGGGUAUAGCAGUUCAGAUUCCUUCACAUCAGACCAGGAGCCUAUUACGAGUGUGGUGACACGACAGAGGUCUCAUUCUGGCACAUCUCCUGAGGGACUGAAGGCUGUGGCCCCGCCCCCUCCACCGCCCAGACCCCACCCCUCACACUCUCGUUCUUCCUCAUUGGACAUGAGCAGAAAUUUUGCACCUGUUCCAGCAGCAGGACAGCAGCAGGCAGGAGUGGUGACCUACCCCCCAGCCGUGCCCCCCAGACCGCUACCCACCCAGAUGUCAGGUCCACACAGCCAUCGUCCGGCAGAUGGGGAGGGUUUAGCGUCUCACUCCAGUACGUCACCACAGCAGAUCCCAGAACAGCCCAACUUUGCUGACUUCAGUCAGUUCCAGGCCUUUGCUGUGGAGCAUCCUGCAGACGAUGGGGAGAAGCUGUCUGAUGGAGGGCAGACGGAGAAGUGUGUUGACAACGCUGCAGCCAUGAGGACGGUGAAGAAUGAGGCGCAAGCAGAUGAGAGAGCUGCUAAUGUAAACUCUGCCAAAGGUUCCACCCCUCUGGCACCGCCCCCUAAGCCUGUCCGUCGGAGGCUGAAGUCAGAGGACGAGCUCAAAGCAGAGGUGGACGACAUUCCACAGAAAUCUGUUUUGGCAACACAGCCCUCCAUUCCAAGGUCCGUGGGCAAGGAUAAAAAGGCCAUCCAAGCUUCCAUAAGGAGAAACAAGGAGACGAACACAGUCCUUGCCAGACUCAACAGUGAGCUACAGCAGCAACUAAAGGAUUUGCUAGAAGAGAGAAUAUCAUUGGAAGUGCAGCUGGAGCAGCUCAGGCCGUUUUCGCAUUUGUAACCCGUGUGUGACAGUGUGUGUGUGUGUGUGAGAGAGAGAGAGUGUGAGUGAGAACACCCGUGAGAAGUCAUUUGGAGGGUGAGCUGCAUCCUCCAGCAGGAUGUGAGUGUUCACCCGUCUCUAAUCUGCCUGCCCUCCCUCUGACUGAGUGUGUGUGUGUGUUUGUGUGUGUGUUUGAAAAACACUGCUUCCACCAAAAAAGCGCUCCCUCACACAUUCCUCCUGGGACUUGAGUGUGGUGUGUGUCAGAGGGACAGAGGACAGGCAUAGUACACUUUUUGGCACUUUGUUUAAAACUGGAUGAGCAGGAGCUCCUGAGAGCAAGAGCAAUGGGAGGUUGCAAAUCCCAUGUUUCCUGUGAAGUCAGUUCAGACCUGACUGUGGUGGCGUGGCUGAACCUACAGUAGCUCUUUUAACAUGGCUGGGCAGUCAGACCAGCCAAUGAACUGGGUGAGGUUCACACACAGAGGAGAGAAUUGGGAGAUUUUUUUUUUCUUAAUAGGUUUCCAAGCAACGGUUACAAACGUACGGCAUCAUGCAACAAAGCUGUAGCUGUUUUUUGGGGGGUUUUUUUCAUUUUGUUUGUGUUUCUUUAGCAUUCUCUGUGGUAUAACAGAAAACCUUGUACAGACAUCAGCCCGUGACUCUUGUCUCCUUCCUCUCCACUGUUGCUCACACAAACAUGCUGCCUGUACCUCACAUGGUCCAUAAUCUGAUACAGACUUGCUUCAGAACCCAGGUUCCUCUCUGAGAGAACCGGCCACAGACCUGACAACCAACGCAAAAACUGCACUUUUUCUCUUCUUUAGCUUUCCCUCUUUUACUCACACUGCAUGUGGCCCUGUUGGUAACUCGCAUAAAACUGCUCUUAGGACAAAAAAUAACCACAAACCAUUUGAUUUUGUAUGUGUGUCGUCUGAAACCGUAUGGCAUUUGUGUUGUUACCCAGACUGAAAUUAUGUCUUACUUUUUUUUGUUUUUCAUUAAUGUAUCUGUGUUUUCCUAACCUGUCUUUCAAGCCUUACUCUUGGUAUUCAGGUUUUCAUUGGGGUUUUUUUUGUUUGUUUCUCCCCUUACUGAAUCAACAUGAUCUCUGCUUCCUGGCUCUUUAGGUUGGUGUACUGUAUAAGGGGGAUGUUGUAUAUUGUAUAAUACACAUCUUUUGAUCUCAUAUGUAAAUUUGCAUUAAUUGCUGACUAACAGCAAAUGUCCUAUUUAAUUGCUUCUAUUUUGGCUGUGGGGUCAUGGAUGCUUCAGUGCAUGGAUGUAUCUCUGCAGAAUGAAUUAGC